UAACCCCUCGUUUUCUCUCUCUUUUACCUCUCUCUCCCUUCUCCAAAAAAUGCAGAUGUCCCAUCUUCAUCCUCCAACCCUGUUUUUCUCUCAGCUCCUAUCACCAUCUCCAAAAACCACUCCAAUCAACAUCUCCAGCUUUUUUCUCUCUCCCUUCCGAAAAACCUCCACCAUUUCUCUGCCUUCUCCGACCACCGUCGUUCUGCCCCUUCGUUUCCUUUACUCACCUCUUCCUCCACCGAGUUCCUCUCUUUCACUGUUCAUCAUCACCGUCUCACUUUUUUUUUCUUUUUCGAUUCUAGUGUCUUAUACACUCAACCAAACACUCACCUCAUCCCAUCCUAUUCACCUUAAUCCUUCAAAAGCCUGUAUUCCGAUCUCCGAUCCAUCUAAGGCAACGAAGGUUGAGAUUGAUUGACAUCUCAGCAUCUGUUUUCUGGCGGCUAGCUCUAUCGAUUAAGAUUAGGGUUUAUAGUGAAGAGGAGGGAAAAUGGGGGAAGAGAGGGGAAAUCUUUUAGCCCAAUCCCUUAAACACGGUGUUCAUCUUCCCUGAUUGGCGGCUUUUUCGAGAUCUACGGGUUUGAAGUGAAAUGGGGGCAAUUGUUGUUACUUGUGAGCGAGAAGAUGAUGAGGUAGAAGAGAAUCGUAACUUAUCAUUUUGUUUUACAGUAGAUUGACUCUGAUUGGUUGAGAUCCCUGUGGAUGAUAAAUGGCCUCGUGGUUGCUCUUCUUCUUUCCUGGGUGCUAUUUUCCUUCUGGCUUUGGAGAGGAUUAGCAUUGUUGACAAUGCCCUGAAGGUAUUUGACAAAGGGCCUGUUUGGUGGAGCUCUUGCGAGCUCAGACUUAGGACACUAUUUAUGGCUCCUGAAUUUAAACUUUUUUAAAAAAAAUUUACACUUUUA